GGUCAAUUUAGGAUGACAAGUAUUCAUGUUCAGACUCUUCUCAUAGUUUUUUUCUGGAAUUCUGAUUGCCAGGUUAUUCCCAGAAUUGAAGAAUGUGGACUUUCAUGUUCUCAGGGGAUUCAUUGUAAAAGCAAACCUUCCAGUGGUAUUUUUAACAGUUUCUGCCACGAUGCUCCUGCAUCUUUAUCCUCUGUGGUGAUGAAAAGCAUGAAGAUCUCAACAGUGAUGAAAUGUGCCCAAGGAACGCCGUGCUCUCUUCAUUUAAGUAUUAAAGGAACGCUAAGUCUGGAUGAAAAUAUUCGUGGGCUGGAAAUAUGUUCUCUUUCACUGGACACACAGCAAUCUCAGUGCACAAAUGUGAGGUUUGCUAGGAAAAAAAGCAAGAUGCUUAAUGGAAAGAAGGUACAUGUUCAAUUCAACUGCUUUGAAGUCAGUGUAGCACAGCACAUCUAUGUGACCAUGCAAACAGUACCAAAUUACUGUGAAGUAAAGCUGAGUCAGGAAUACUACGUUGAAGAUUGCAGGAAUAACGAUGUGGGAAAAUAUAUUCCAGCCUGUUUGGGUGGAAAGUUAGAUUAUAAUGUAGACUGGGCCAAGAAAGUCAUAUCAGUGAAUGUAUCCAACUUGCUCCGAGAUCAAGACUAUUAUGUUCGCUUAUGUCACAAAUGGUUUACCUGUGAAGAUGUGGGGGCAUUUGCUGUGAUAAAAGGGAAAGAAUCUUUAAAAUCAGUUUCUCUGAAGUAUUCUCAGUUACUCCCUUGUCUUUGCAUUGAGGGUUGGUUGGCAAUUCCAGAUGCAAGGAGGACACAGCUUUGUCCCUUUGAAAAUGAUACAAAGGCAUUAUGGGAUAAUAUUGUUUAUAAUCCAAUCACACAAACCCUGGCUUGGGAACCAACCUGUCCGGUGUUUGUCACGGUUAACCUGUGCAGGCUAAUGAAGCCUAACCACCACUGUGAAGAUAUACAAAACACGUCCAAGAGUUCUCCUGAGAAGCAGGUUAAAUAUUCUCGUGUGGACACUCACCCAAGACUUUGCAUGAAGUUUACAACCAAGCAAGACUCUUGGGUUAAAUGUCCAUUCGCUCAUGGAGAAUUUCCAGCUUGGAAAAUGAGAACUGCUGCAGUGGCAGAGCAGAUACACGUUUUCUUCACAUCCCAAACCACGGCGCAAUUCUCCGUGCUUGUGUGUAACAGGACGCAGCUGGGCUCAUGUGAAGCUGUGGGGAUGCGCCAUUCAGUCUCUGCGGGAGAUUCUGUAUCAAUCACUAUGUCCCAGGAAAUGUGUGGGUCAACAAUUUGCAUUCAGGGCUGGAGGACAGAUGUAGAUUAUUCAGUUCCUCUACAGAUCUGUGAUACCCACUGUGGUUUUCACAGGCAGACAUACAGUGAUGGAAGCCCAGCAAAGGCCAUGACACACAGUGGAGCUUUAGGGGCCUCAAAGAUCCUGGCAGCUGAGGACAGUUACGAUGAAUGCACUCCAGACUUGCGGAGUGUCACCACUCCUCUGCACGUGGGAGUGGAGGGAAUGAACCAUCAUUUUCAUUUUCAUUUUUAA